GACUGUGUAGUAGUGUGUGGCUGGCUAAUAAUAAGAGGAGGAGCUGAUUCAGCCGACUCAGAGAAGAAGAGAAGAGGAUAAGAAAGUUGUAGAGAAAGUGAAGGUUGAGGAGGAGAAGGAGUAUGUUAUAUUCUUUUUAGUUUCUUUUUGAAGACAAGGGGCUUAGCUUGUUUUCUUGUGUGUAGAGAGAGAUCUGUAAGAAGAGUUCAAGUUCUAGAGUCAGUGUGCAGAAGUUAUUGGGUUGGUUGUUGUUGUUUGAUUCUUAAGAAGAGUCUUGAAAAAUCAAAUUGUUUUUCAGUAAGUAAUUCAGAUUUAUCUGUUUGUGGUUUGGUUCUUAGCUUCUAUACUGCUAAAAAGUUUUUGUCUUUGUAAUUCUUUUUUGGUUUAUAUAGUCCAAAACUAGUACUACAACAAAAUCUUUUCAUCUUUGUGUUCUUCUUUCUUCUUCUUUGUUGAAUAAUCUUCAAAAGGUGGUAUAAAAUACCAAACUCACUUAGUGUAAGAAAAGAGGUUUUGUCAAUCAUGCAAAUGAUGUCUGGAGAUGGAUUCUCAAUGAAUCCUUCAAGUACAACUAGAGGGUUUGCUCAAGAACUACCAAAUAAUAAUUCAAACCUUAAUUUAGCAUCUUCUACUACAACUGCUACUAAUCAAGGUUCAGGUGCAGCUAAAAGAAAAAGAAAUCUUCCUGGUACACCUGAUCCAGAUGCAGAAGUAAUAGCGUUAUCACCAAAGAGUUUAAUGGCAACAAACAGAUUCUUAUGUGAGAUAUGCAACAAAGGAUUCCAAAGAGAUCAGAAUUUGCAACUACAUAGAAGAGGUCAUAAUUUACCAUGGAAGUUAAAACAAAGAUCAAACAAAGAAGUUAAGAAGAAGGUUUAUAUAUGUCCAGAGAAAAGCUGUGUACAUCAUGAUCCAUCAAGAGCACUUGGAGAUCUAACAGGAAUCAAGAAACAUUUCAGUAGGAAACAUGGUGAGAAGAAAUGGAAAUGUGAGAAAUGUUCAAAGAAAUAUGCUGUUCAAUCUGAUUGGAAAGCUCAUUCUAAAACCUGUGGGACUAGAGAAUACAAAUGUGAUUGUGGUACACUUUUCUCAAGGAAGGAUAGUUUCAUCACACAUAGAGCUUUCUGUGAUGCAUUAGCAGAAGAGAGUGCAAGAAUUACAUCAGUGCCGACGAACUUAAGCUUUAGAUCGGAUUCAAUGAAUGACACACUCGGGAAUUCUCAACGUAUGAAUCAUCAUCUACCACUUGGAUUUGAAAACCGGGGAGGAGGAGGAGGAGGACAAGAUUAUUCUAGAUUGAACCCUUCGCAGUUUAAUUCAAUCUUUCGGCCUGAUUUUUCUGGUGGAGAAACCGAUAUGGAUAGACAAAAUAAGCCUAGAUUACCAUUAUGGCUUGAUCAAGCAAGUUUACAACAUCAUCAUCAUCAUCAGCUUAACUCUAUUGAUCAUGGUAAUUCUAAUAAUGCUGCUGCUUUCUUGAGUACCAACUCAGCUGGUUUACCUGAAUUAGUUCAAAUGGCAUCGACAAAUUUUUUCGGUUCAUCGCCAAUUGUUGAUUACGGUGGUGGUAUGAAUAAUCAGUCUCAAUGGGGUGAAAAAUCCUCGUUGACUACGUCGUCACCGAGUGGAUUAAAAGAAGAAGGUGGUAAUAACAAAGAACAAAUGGCUGUGGAAAGUAGUUUAGCUUCUUUGUAUUCAAAUCAGCAACAGAAUUCAUCGAUGAAUAUGUCAGCUACAGCACUUUUGCAGAAAGCAGCAACAAUAGGUGCAACAAGAAGUAACCCUAAUUUCAAUGCAGGGUAUGGAGGAGUUAUGAGCAGUAAUACUUCCUUAUCUCCUUCUUCUGAUAAUACGAACAGUUUCAAUAACAAUACUCAUUCAUCGUCGUCACAAAGCAGAAACGAAUUCCAUCAAUUAUUCAUGAGGCAACAACAGCAGCAGCAGCAACAACAACAGCAUCAGCAGCAACAACAACAAAAACAGCAUCAUCCUCAACAGCAGCAACAAUCUCAUGAUGAUGGUCAGAGCUUAAACAGUUUAAUGAUGAACUCGAUAUCAUCGAUGGGUCCAACAACAUCAACUGUUCAUGCAGCUAUUAUUAAUAAUAAUAACGACAGUCAUCAUCAAGGAGUGAUGGGAUUAUCGAAUGAAGCAUCGAACAAUCUCGACCGUUUAAUGUCAGCAGCAGAAGCAGUAACAAAUGGAUCAAAACAAAUGAACAAGCAGCAGUUUCAUCAGCAGCAAGUUGACGAUGACCAUAGUUUAACUCGUGAUUUCCUUGGUGUUGGAGCAGGUGAAGAAGAAGACGAUGAUGGUCGUCAUCAUCAAUUCUUGCAACACGAGUUAGCUAAAUUUGCUUCUAUUGGUUCUGGUCUGGAUUUCAACCAUUACAAUCGUUAACUACUCAUCAUCAUCCAUUAUUAUACUAGUAUAUUGCAUAUAAUCGUAUAUGGAUCAUGAUGAAGCUCAAACAAAACCCAGUUUUUGACUCUGGUUGAUAAGGAUGAUGAGUGGAAGCAAAAGGAUGAGUUAACUCAGCUGGUUAAUGAUAUCACACUCUGCAUGUCCAGACAAGUUAGUUUAUCAUCAUCAUCAUCACAGAGAAGCAGCCUGGAAAUUUCCCCAACCCCCACGGGUGGAAGACAUUGGAGUCAUGCAAGAGUGUUUUCUCUCUCUAGCCAGAUUCUAUAGCAGUCUAGAGGAAAGUAACAGGGAGAUGACUUUGAAAUGGAAGAAUGAAUGAUGCUAGUUUUGGAAAAACCAAGAAUUUCGUUGACCAUUUCCGGUACUGGUCAAGUUUCUACUUUUUGAACAAGUUUUAUUUUGCCUUUCCAAUUCCAAGUUUCAACUUUUUUUCCUUUUCUUGUAAUAUUUUACUCUUUUUCUGUUUUUGUAAUAAAUUGUGUUCCGCACUAUCUACUUUUGUGUUGACUAUUGCUUUGUUUA